AUGGAAGGUUAUAACAUUGAAUUAAUUAAGUCUAAACAAUUCGAAGAUCUUGAAAUUGAUGCUUGGAGAAUGAACACUUUAAUAUUGGAUCUCCAAAGAUAAUUGCUUGUUCUUGGAUGCGCAAAUUACUUACAAUUUUUUUCAAUCACAGGACUGAAUUUAGAACAACUAAAACCCAUAUAAAUUGAUUAAAAUGAUAUGAUCAAUUAAAUAAAAUAAUAUGAUCACCUCCUUUUUGCCAUCACCAUGAAUUCAUACAUUUAUAUUUAUGAUCUAGAUAAUAUUUUAAUCAAACCAAUCAAAUUGUAGGGUCUCUAUGAAGUAACUAAUUAUUUUAAUUACAGAAAAUCGCUGACUGUUCCAUUUGGAGCAUAGAUGUUUGCCAGUAAUAUCUGGCUGUAGGUUCAAAUUCUCACAUCAUCUCCUUGUGGUCCAAAAAACUACUUGGUUUCGACAAACCCGAUCAUAAGUAUUGGGACGACCGCGAAAUCAGAGUCAAAUUCAAUAAGCAAGAUCUAAUGAGAUCAGACAUCGAAUUUCCAAUUAGAUAUGUACACAUCUAAAACAUAUCUUUAGAGUAUUCAAAAUCACAAACACAAUAUACCAUGUGUAUCAUUCUCUCCUUGUUGCUAAUAUCUAGCUUCUGGAAGCAUCGAUGGAGGUUUAAGAAUUUAUUUGGUUGAAAAUGGAUCACAAUUAUACUCUAUAAUCUUUUCAGAAUGGGUUUGGUGUAUAUCCUGGAUGUUAUUAAAUGAAUAUACCGAAACGACUUCGAUAUAUGAAUUAGAUUAAUUGCCCUAAUAUAAUAUAGUUGCAGGAUUCAAGGAGUCAAUUAAAAUAUGUUAAGUCAUAAAUAAGGAAUUUAAGGUUAUUGAUAAUAACUUUUAUAAAAAUUCGUCCUCAUUUGGACAAAGAUUUCAAAGGCUCUCAUACAUAUAAGAUUUGAAUCUGCUUUUAGCAUGUAUCAUUGCCAUUAAUCAAUUAUAGUUCCAUAACAUGAUAGGCAAUUUUGUUUAAUUGAAUUAUACAAUUUAGAUAGAAUUUUCAAGGAUCAAGAUAUUAUCAUUAAAUUAGCUGGAGAAAACUUAAUCUCAGCAGAUAUAUAAUAAAUUUAGGGUAGUUAUGAAGCCCUAAUAGCAGUUUUAACUUGGUAAAAAUUUAUUAAGCUUUACAGAAUUAAAGUAUGA